CACAAUUACACAUGACAUGAUGCCUUGCCCCCCUCCCCGCGCCACCAUCUCCGCUACCCCCUCCCGUCGUCUUGCGCUCCGGAUCGAACAUCCCUCCCUCCCGUCUCCUUGUCCUCGCGUAGCCUUCACACUUGCGCAACGUAUCUUUCCUCGGAGCACCGCACCACCACCUCAGUCAGCUGCAAGCUGACUGCGUUAUAUGCUAGAGCUCAUCUUUGCUUGAUCUUGCGAGGACCGAACAGGGGAACGGCCGAUCGGGUCAGCAUGUUUGAAGGGAUGGAGGGGAUGAGCUACGGCGGCGGCGGUGCUGGUGACGGGGCGGCGUCCCGGGACCCGAAGCAGCGGCUGCGGUGGACGCCGGACCUCCACGAGCGAUUCGUGCACGCCGUCGCCAGGCUCGGCGGCCCCGACAAGGCAACGCCCAAGGCAGUGCUGAGGCUGAUGGCCAUGAAAGGCCUCACUCUGUACCACCUCAAAAGCCACCUUCAGAAAUACAGGCUGGGAAAGCACACCAAGAAAUCCACGGACCUGGAAUUGGACAACAGUGGAGAGUUUACCACGCAAGACAUCAACUUCCAAGUCGGUGCACCUCUUGUUGUUCCUGCUGGACGCGACGCCGCAAGAGAAAUGCCACUUGAGGAUACCCUCAGGUACCAAAUUCAGGUCCAAAGAGAACUGUGCGAACAGCUUGAGGUGCAGAAGAAGCUGCAGAUGCGAAUAGAGGCUCAAGGGAGGUAUUUGAAGGAAAUACUAGAGAAAGCUCAAGAAAACAUUUCCUUUGAUGCAAAUGGAUCUGCUGGCCUCGAAAAUGCCAGAUCACAGCUUACAAACUUUAACCUAGCCCUUCCGGGCUUGUCAGACAAUGGAACACAUGUGUACAAAGAAAGCAGUGAACACUCGGUGAAAGCUGUAACUGAUGACAAUCUUCAUAAUAAUAAUUUGGAUUUUCAGCUGUACCGUGUACGAAGUCAGGAGGCGAAGAAUGCCAAAUGCACCCCGAAAACUGAGGACCUGCUCUUAUUAGACUUGAAUAUUAAAGGAGGAUAUGACCUAUCUUCGCGAGGAAUGCAAGGGUGAGUCCGAAUCUGAAGAUUAACCAGCAGAGGAAAUAGAGAUAUAUUUCAGCAAGCUGACAGUUUUGGGGAGUUUCACCAUUUGCUAUUAGAAUUUGUUUCCCUCUGGCAGUGCUUAGGAUGUUUGGUCACAAGUUUGACUUGCUCUGUGAUAAUGUUAAAUUUGCUGAAGAAAUUCAUGAACGCUUGGAGCCUGUAGUGUAUGCAUAUGUUAUGUAGAGUGCACAUGGGAGAUGAGAAAGCACGUAACAAUCAGAUAUCAAGAUAUAUGUAUAUUCUAAACUGUCCUUUAUGUACCACAUAUUGCAUAGUUUGAUGUGUACAGAGCCACAAA